AUAGGUAUUCUCAUUUGCCCCUUCUUAAGAUUUUUCUCACUCAUUUUUCAGGUUGAGACCACCCAGGCAGACCUGAGACCAGACCAGCAGGCUAGAAACCAGGUCACCCUUCAGCCCUACGUCCCCUUCAACCAGCACCAGCAGAACUACCUGUACAUCUCCACCAGGUCCAAAGCCGUGUCUGUAGGAGCCCGGGUGUCCCUCGAUAUCUCUUUCACCAUGUCAGUAGUGGAGAACAGAAAAUUGGUCAAACACAUCACUUACCUGGUGCUCAGUAAAGGUAAAAUCAUAAUAGCCAAACGUCUAGAAGUGACUGACCAAUCUUUCACCAAUGUUGGGUUGGUGGUAACACCGGACAUGAUGCCCUCGUUUCGCGUGGUGGCGUUCUUCAGCCUCCCCUGGGUGGGGAGGGAGGAGGUGGUGUCAGACUCUGUGUGGAUAGACGUGGUGGAUUCCUGUGUUGGGGGGCUCACAGUGGGCUCAGGAGACAGCACACCCAGAACUUUAGCCCCAGGAGACAGUGUGCGUUUUCAGAUCAGAGGUGACCCGGGGUCAAAGGUCAACCUGGUGGCUGUGGAUAACUCAGUAUAUCUCCUCAACAAGGACAGACUCACUCAGAAGAAGGUACAUGCGUUUGAGGAGAAAGAUGCACUAUCUGUUGUCCUCUGCACACUGUCUUGGUUGUUAUUCUAAAAUCAAUAGUGUUGA